AUGGCAAAUACGAAAAUUACAAAAGCUAAGGAAAACAAAUGCCCCUUGUGUGAUGGCGAAGUAGAUGCUAGUCGCUGGAGGGAACAUUUGCUAGCUUGCAAUGGAGGAAGAUAUCCAUGCAAAGUCUGUGGAAAACUUUUCAAAAAGAGGCUUUAUUUGAUUCGUCAUAAGAGGACGUUCCACGAACAAACGGAAGAUCAGCAAAAAGCAGAUGGGAAGGUUAAAGUUAGUGAAGAAAAUAAAGACGAGGAAGAUGAAUCAUGGUUUGAACAAGAUCCAGGAGAUGUAAUUCUUGAGACCCUUAGUGUCAGCGAGAGCAGUUCCCAAUCUGAUGAUUCGAGUAGCGAUGAUGAUGAUGGUGAUAAAGGUGCUGGUGAGCUGAUGAAUAAUGCAUGUAUAGGAGAUCAUGAUGAAACUAAACAAGAUUCACAAGAUGUCAAAAGCGUGAAUGAAGAAGCAAGCGCUGAAGUCAAAAUCAAAUCUCCAGAGAAAGGACGGGUAGUUCGAAAAGCCACGGCUCCAGCACCCGUGUUUGCACCCAAGAGAAGAACCCCUGUUUCUCUCCCUGAGAAACCAACACCACUUGGGAGAUUUUCAUUUGGAUCUACAAGUACAUGCACGAAAGCUACGCAAACCAAUUGUGGUUGUAAAGACAGAUACGUUAAGAAAAGAAAAGUUCACAAGGUGGUGUCAACGUACACCAAAGACCAUAAGAACAUUGUAGAAACUGUCGAAGAAGAGGAAUUCUUCUAUUUGGAGUGA